AUUUGUAUAUACCAUAUGCACAGUCACACAACAAACCUUCCACGGGCAAGAACUGGAACCGCUUGAGUUAAAAAUCGUUAAAAAUUCGCCAUAGGGCAUUGAAUUUGUCAUGGUGUGGAGUCGUUUCUUGCUCGUCCACUGUUUGAUAGUGUUCGUUAGAUCAGAAGUUGAAUCGGAAAAUCAUGAGGAACCAACAGCGACCGCAUCUGCUUUUUGCAACACAGAAUGUAACCAGCAAUUACAGAACCGAUUGGAGACGAUUGAAGCUGCGAUUCGGACAAUCGUCUCUGCCGUUUCCGGGCAAACAGACGAACUGUUUGAUCCGAUCAAAGAAAUAUUUCAGCAGGAUCCAUCAGUCAGAUUAAUCCUGUCUUUAAAUUUUACGUCAACUAUUGAAAGUAGUGGAAAUUCCACUUUAAAAAUUAACUCUGUUCCUCUUGCACAAGGGAAUGCGCAUGGAAAUCAACCAGCAGCAGAGACCGCAGUUGACACCCUCAAAGGAGCUGUAAAAUGUUCGUUGGCUCAUUUCGUGGACAUAAAUACAACAGAUUAUAUAAACUCUAGUAACAGCUCUACAGAUGUAGCAGUAGUGGCAUCUUUAUUCAAUGAGUCCCUUGAAAUUACAUGGCCUAUACUAUCCGCGGCGUGUCUCAAAUUCAGUUCAGGUGUCUGGAUUCGGGUUUAUCAGCAAUCGACUGAAAGCGAUUACAAGUUGCAACCGGAAACUUCCUUGUACGUCCCUCAAAAAUGCCUCAAUAAGAACUUUGAAACUUCGUUCUCUAUCGUUCUCUUGCCAUCUUCUUCGAACGAGAAGAACAAUUCCUGUGCGUUUUCUUUGGCGAGAAAUCUUAUCCAGUGCCGCGCUUAUGUCAUUGAAGUUAUUCCAAAUUUCCAGUCGCUUCGAGGCAAAACUUUGCGAACGGAAAUUGUCGUUCCGCCUAAGAUGAAGAAAAAUGACGAGGCCGAUUUUAGAUCGCUAAUAAGUGUUGCAACUCAAAACAAUUCCUUGAUGUUGAAUUGGGAAGACAAUUCUGGAUGCGCACCGCAAUUAACUUCUUUCACCUUAAAAAUCUUUCAAGACGGCAUUGUAGAUAAGGUUGAAAGACCGAACAUGACAGUUACGGUUCCUCGCAGCUGCCUGAAGCGAUCUGCAAACGAAGACAAUCUGUUCUCACUGGUGUUGCCCGCUAAUCAACUAACGUGCCCAAUAGAGUGGAAGCCGCUGGACAGGUGUCGAAAAUACAGGAUUGACAUGAACUCUCAGUACUCGGCUACUUGGAAUGGUCCUUCUUCAUCCUGGGAAAUAUUUACAGGGCAAGGCUUCAGCAAUUACACAAGUGACAUAACGUGGAGAUGUCCUAAAAAACAUUUUGUUUGCCAAUACCACCGCCGCAACUACGAUUGUUUGUCGUCGGAUCAUCAGUAUGUAUGUAAUGGAGGAAAUGAGUGCCCUCACCAAAAGGACGAAGAGUAUUGUGAUCAAAGUGUAUGUAACAAAGAUGGAUUUCGAUGUGGACGACAAUGCGUACCGAAAGAAUUGGUUUGUGAUGGAAAAUAUGAUUGUUUAGACGGGUCGGAUGAAGAUGGUUACUUCAGCUUUAAGAAUUGAUUUGACCAACGUCAAGUGUGAGCAACUUACCAACCCAUCGGGCCACUUUUCUUCGGAGAUAUUCUCCAAACCUGCAGACGAAAUCCACUCAGAUAGAAUUUCAGAUGCCGUUCGGAAAACGA